AUGCAUCAGAAAGAUGCAGUAAACGAUGAUGACUUUGAGCCAUAUCUAACUAGCCAGACGAAUCAGAGUAAUAGCUAUCCACCAAUGUCAGACCCUUACAUGCCUAGUUAUUAUGCUCCAUCCAUUGGAUUUCCUUAUUCCCUUGGAGAGGCAGCAUGGUCAACUGCUGGAGACCCACCAAUGCCGUACUUGUAUGGACAGAUGAGCAAUGGAGAACACCACUACAUACCGGAUGGAGUGUUUAGUCAGCCUGGAGCUUUGGGGAACACUCCUCCUUUCCUAAGCCAGCAUGGGUUUAAUUUUUUUCCUGGGAAUGCAGAUUUCUCCACAUGGGGGACAAGUGGAUCUCAGGGACAAUCAACACAAAGUUCUGCAUAUAGCAGCAGCUAUGGAUAUCCUCCUAGUUCCCUUGGUAGAGCCAUCGCUGAUGGACAAGCUGGUUUUGGCAGUGAUACUCUGAGUAAAGUGCCGGGCAUUAACAGCAUUGAGCAAGGAAUGACCGGACUGAAAAUUGGUGGUGAUAUGACAGCUGCUGUAACAAAAACUGUUGGGUCAGCUUUGACUAGUGCAGGAAUGACUAGUAUAGCUGCAAACAGUGUGCCCCAAGUUAGCAGUUCAGCACCUAAGCCAACCUCAUGGGCUGCCAUUGCUCGAAAACCAGCAAAACCUCAGCCUAAACUAAAACCCAAGGGCAAUGUGGGUGUUGGUAGUACUGCAGUUCCUCCCCCACCUAUAAAACACAACAUUAAUAUUGGAACUUGGGAUGAUAAGGGGGCUGUUGUAAAGGCCCCACUCGCUCAACCAAUUCUGCCUCCUCAGCCUGUAAUUCAACAGCCUCAGCCAUUAACUCAACCUUUACCAAUGGUGCAAAACCAACUGCCUCAACAGCAGCUACAGCAAGUGCAGCAGCAGCUUCAAAACCGCUGGGUGGCACCUAGGAACAGGGGAGUGGGCUUCAAUCAGAACAAUUGCUCUGGGAAUGAGAACUUUAGCUUAGGUGUUGUGCCUAUUAGCUCCUCACCUUCUGGUGUUGAGGUUCACCCUGUACUGGAGAAACUGAAGGCCAUAAACAACUAUAAUCCCAAAGACUUUGAUUGGAGUCUGAAAAACGGUCGAGUGUUUAUAAUCAAAAGCUACUCUGAGGAUGACAUUCACCGUUCUAUCAAGUACUCAAUUUGGUGCAGUACUGAACAUGGCAAUAAGCGUUUGGAUGCUGCUUAUCGAUCUUUGAAUGGGAAAGGCCCACUUUAUUUACUCUUCAGUGUAAAUGGAAGUGGACAUUUUUGUGGAGUUGCAGAAAUGAAGUCUGUAGUGGACUACAAUGCGUAUGCUGGAGUUUGGUCCCAAGACAAAUGGAAGGGAAAGUUUGAAGUCAAAUGGGUCUUUGUGAAAGACGUUCCCAAUAACCAACUGCGACACAUUCGUUUGGAAAACAACGAUAAUAAGCCUGUUACCAACUCAAGGGACACUCAAGAGGUACCCCUAGAAAAAGCCAAGCAGAGUUCUUAA